AUGAGCCCGCCAGAACUGCUCGCCGUCCUGCUCCUGGCUGUGCCGGCCAUCUCCCUUCCUGUGGCAAAUGACAUGAAUAAGGGCGACACUAAGGUGAUGAAGUGCAUUGUAGAGGUCAUCUCUGAUACUUUAUCUAAGCCAAACCCUCUGCCGAUCAGCGAGGAAUGCCUAGAAACUCUCCGAGGAGAUGAACGAAUUAUUUCUAUCCUUCGCCACCAAAAUUUAUUGAAGGAACUUCAGGAAAUUGCUGCUCAAGGUGCCAAUGAGAGAACUCAGCAGCAGAAGAAAAAUAGUGGCUUUGAAGAUGAACUUUCCGAAGUCCUUGAAAGUCAGAACGACAAGAACAAGCAGAGAGAUGCAGCAGGGGAGAGCCCUGAAGAGGAGCAACCCACAGGGUCCUUGGCUGAGCUGGCAGCACAGAAGCCCCAGCAAAAUGAAGAUUCAAGAGAGGAGGGAAAAAACAGCCUGGAGGAGAGGGAACCCAGGCCACGGGAUACCGACCCUGUUGAGAAAGAGGACUGGGAGGAAGCUGAGAGCAAUGACAUCAGGGAUAGAGAGGAUACCCAACAAAACAAAGUUUUGGACAACCACAUUGGAAAAAAUUUCAGUGAGGAUGAGCAGCAGCAGCAAGGGGAUGAAGAGGAGGAGCCCAGAGGCUCCAGGGACAGCCUGGAGCUUGAGGAUGAGGGAGAAGAGCCAUCCAGGCAGGGCCAGGAGCACAGCAAGGAGGUAGCAGGGGAGCGUGUGGAGCGGGAGGAUGAUGGAGAUGAUGCUGCAGAGGAGGACCCUACUGAAGCCGAGAGGUCACUCGAUUUGGCUGAGGAGGACGAGGAGGCUGAGGAGAUGCAGGGAGGUGACAAUAAUGAUGAUGAUGAGCUGGGAUUUGGAAAAGAUGUGCAGAGUUCUGAAGAGGAGGAGGAAGAGGAGGAGGAAGAGCAACCCCGGGCACUGAGAGGAGGAAGGCAUCACCUGGAGGAUGAGGAGAUGCAGGGAGAAGAGGACACCUUUCGGCCCAGGGAUGCCAAAAGUGAUGAGAUGGAGGAGGAGUCCUCCAGGGAGUGGGAAGACACCAAGAGGUGGAACAAAAUGGAUGAGCUGGCCAAGCAGCUGACAUCAAAGAAGCGCAUGGAGGAAAAUGAUAGUGAGGAAGAACCAGACAGGUCUAUGAAAAAGACAUUCAGGUCCCACAAGUAUGCCUUCAGUAGUCCAGAGGAAGAUGUGAGAAGGUCAUGGAAGCGUCACUCAAAGGAGGACAGCAGUGAAGGAGGCUUUCCACUUGCUCCCAUGCCUGAAGAAAAGAAGGAUGAGGAAGGCAGCGCUAACAGGAGAACAGAGGACCAGGAGCUGGAGAGCCUGGCUGCCAUCGAGGCCGAGCUGGAGCGCGUCGCCCACAAACUGCACGAGCUGAGGCGAGGCUGA